AUGCGGUUCUUAUUCUUUCUCGCCACCUCCUUCCUCUCGGCCAUGGUCUGGGCUGGAGGAUACGCAGGAUGUCUCGAACGAGUCAUGUUUUUCCAGGCGUACGAAAUUGAUGCUUUGCUGCCAUCAGGGCAAAGCAUAGGCUACCGGUGCCUGAAAUGGGACCCUCAGAGGGAGGUUUGCAGGAAUAACCAAUGGAAGGCAUGCGAAGGAGAUCUUGAAGGAAAUAGAUGUUCUUUUGAGAAUUUCAUAUCGCAAAUCAAUCGGAACUCGCCCAAUCCCCGACAAUGGCCCGAGUACACCUCAGAAAAUAAGCUGGAUGCCAAGGCGACGGCGUUGAACUGCCUGAAGGCAUACAAAGCUACCGGGCGGCCUAUACCUGACAUUGCUCCCUUCAAGAUUAUGAAAGGCGGCACCGUCGACUACAGGGUCGCUGUCCAGGAGCUGGGCAGAAGGGUUGACAACAGAUGGAAGGCUUUGGAAGUCGCUGCAAAGGAAGCAAACAAGCCAGCGUUUGCUGCGUUUGAUGCAACUGUCGACGAGAUAAUUAGAGCGAGAAGGGGGGAUACCGGAGUGCUAAUGUAUGAGGCGGCAAAGAAGACAUUGGAACAUGAUGAUAAUGUCACUCUCAAAGUCGAAGAGUUGGGGACAAAUCCCGACCCUGAUGAGAGAGAUCCAACGAAGAAAGAGUGGAAAGAAGUCAAAUGGCCUGAGACCCUCAGUACCGCCAUAGAGGAUGGUAUUCCAGAUGCAGAAAAAACGGUCGAAGGUUGGGUGAGGAGCUACAUUAAGAAUGAUCCUUCAUCUACCACCCAUCGCAGCAUGAUGAAAAGCUUCAAGGGGAUUGUUGCUGGGCGAAAAUUGUGUCGAUAA